GCCCAUCCCAAGAUGGCGGAGAUCCCUCUGUACUUUGUGGACUUGCAGGAUGACUUAGAUGACUUGUCUUCAUUUCAUCUUGUUCCUGAAGGUGGUCCCACCGGCCACUAAGCUCUGGACGGACAGCUUUCUCUGUUAGACCCUGGAGGACGCAGCCUUUCUCUCUCCACUGUCUGUGAGAAGAGGGCAGCCAGUCCCCACUUCAUGCUGCUGCCAAAGUGACCAUUUUGGCUUUGGUGACCAGUGGUGACUAUGUGUCAGAUGGAUUUGAAGAUUGUGGUCCAGACUGUGACAACGGGAGGUCACAGCUUUCUUGGACAUCCCUGGCCAUGAUAGCCUGCCUCUGCUCACUCGCUCGGCAAAGCACGCAUUCAACGAGAAUAUCUUCAGCCCGUAAGCUCCAUCCUUACACUGCCAGCCUUCUGCUGCUGUGACAGGCUCCAGGGGAUUCAUGGGGAAGCCAGAUUGUUGCCAGAGGACUACUGGAUGUCUUCCUGGACAUCAGCCACAGUGAUGAGGACAUAUUGGCAGUCAUGGAGGUAAUGGUCCGUCUGUCAGAAGAUGCAGAGCCCACAGUGCGGACUGAGCUGAUGGAGCAAAUCCCUCCCAUCAUUGCUUCCUUACAAGAGAGCAGGUUGGAUUUUUCUGUGGAAGUCUCUCAGUACCUCGUACCUGUUAUCGUGCAGUACCUUGAAGACCCAGACAAGCAGAUAACAACGUUUUUUGAGCUAUGCUCCGAUAACAUGUGGGGGAUGCGGAAAGCAUGCUCUGAAUGCUUCAUGCUGUGCCCUACAACACCGCCCCUGAGGUCCACAGGCCCAGCUCUCGCCUUCUCUUCAUCAAACUCAUUGGUGAUCCCUGUCGAUAGUUCUAAAACACCUGUGCACAUGGAGCCAGAUCUCAUUCCAGAAGGGACCUCAGCAGAGACCAGUCAUCUGCAUGGCAGCACUUCUUCCACAGACACUAGAGGAAAGCAGCCAGGGAGGCUGUCUUCCACCAGAGCUGAAAUGCCUGCAGUUUCCCCAGAGCUCCCAGGUGUCAGUGGCUGCCUCAGCAACAGUUGCCCUGAAGCAGGUCCAGGGACUUCUGAGGACAUGUUCAGCACUUUCCUGUAUUGGCGAACUCCUCUGCCUGACGUGAGCAAAGAUGUGGAGGUACUUCUGAGUGUGGCUGGGCCACUGGAAGAGAGCCACAGUGGACCUGAGGCUGUGUGUGACAGCUGUGUGGCCAGGAGUGAGAUCCAGAAAGUCCUGCAGACUCUGCAGGGGCAUCUGCUGCAGGACCCAGACAUUCAAGCUCAAGUUCAGGUAUUAUCUGCUGCACUGAGAGUAACACAGCUCGACUCCACUAGUGAGCCCGAGAGCAAGCAGACAGAAGGUCUAAAUGAAGAGUCCUUCUCAGAUCCCAGCCCUGUCUCUGACAAUCACCUCCUCCUGUUGGCUUCAUCAUCUCAGAAUGAGCUCUCCGCAGCCAGGAUAUUACAGAGCACAGAUAUAAUCCCUCAGCCUCUGCUUGACCAGUUCGCGUCCAUGACUGAUCCAGCUAGAGCCCAGACUGUGGACACUGACAUGGCCAAACACUGUGCCUACAGCCUCCUUGGGGUGGCCCUGACCCUCGGCCGGCAGAACUGGUACUGCUUGAAGGACAUCUAUGAAACUCUGGCUUGUGAUGGUCAGUGGAAGGUCCGGCGGACCCUUGCCUUUUCCAUUCAUGAGCUGGCAGUGAUUCUCGGGGAUCAGUUGACAGCAGCUGACGUGGUGCCUGUCUUCAAUGGCUUUUUAAAGGAUAUGGAUGAAGUAGGAGUCCUUAAACAUCUGUAUGACUUCCUAAAGCUGCUCCGUGAGGACAAGAGGAGAGAACACCUCCGGCAGCUGCAGGAGUUUGUGGUGACUGACAGCAGCAGGGACUGGAGGUUUCAAUAUGAACUAGCAGAGUGAGUAAAAAUCUGACGGGACCCUCAGAGGCCAGUGGGGAAGCUGCUUCCUUCCCUCCUCGGAGCUGACAUCAGAAGCAACAGCAGCACAGUGCUCUUUUGGAUACAGAGUAUGUUUUUGAUAAGGUAUAAACGAAAUUCCAAAGCUCUGAGUUAUAUAUGUCCCCUGUCUCUGGGGAGACAUCCAUUUUCCCAUGAAGACAGGGCUAAAGUCACUCUGGAAUUGGAGUGUUCUGCUGUUCUAUAAGGCAAUUUAUUCGAACCAAAUAAAAGAUGAAUCACCCACUCUUCAAUGUUUUCCUCUGAAUUGGAGUGGCUUUGCAAAGCCUUCUUGAACAUUCUGUGUGCUGCCCUUCUCUCUAGGACACAUGGUGCCUCGGGGGCUUGAACAGCCAAAGAAUAGUGGGCAGCAUUGAGGUCUGAAAAGGUCUCUUGCAGAUGAGACAGCUAUUAAAUAAAAAUGCCUGCCCAUGAGGCUUGCUUGCACGGACCAUGCCUAUGUGAAGCACUCUUCAGUUCCUGUCGUCAACACAGGGAAUGUUGUAGGCUUUAUCCACAAUGAAUGAGAGUGUAGUUCAGUGCCCCUUCCCUAGGUGGACAAUGUACUUUAGUGAUGUGGGGGUUUGUUCAUAGGGUGCUUGUUUGGGCUUUUGUUGAGGUCCAUUUCUGUAUCUUCAGUUUUUACUAUCCACAACUAGUCAUCCCUCAAAUAAUUGUCUUCCUGAAGAAGUCCAUCAGACUUUUGCAGCUAUUCAGGAGAUGAUUUGGUCGGUGCCAGGGGCAAACUGGAAGAUUUCCUCUUUGCUGUGAGCUUUAAUCGUUAUGCUUCAUUUGAGAGAUUGAGGGUUAGUCAUUAUGUCAUGUUCUCAGCACACAUGGGCAAAAGAUUGAGACAAACAAGCCUGGGCCGGGCUGGCGGCCGUGCUCCCCCUGGCGGCGGGCGCUGGCUUGCCCCCCACACCACCCCCAGUCGGCCUGGCCCUAUCUCCCAUCGCGGGGCUUUUUGCAGUGGCCGGCGGCGAUAAGGACUGUGCAGGGAGCAAUAUUGGCCUCCUUUUCCCCACAGACGGCGGGAGUGAUAGGAAGCCGCUAGCCGUGGCCGGCUUCCUCCUCACCCUUUUUCAUUUCCUUUGCCUGUACAAAUCACACCACUCUCUCCCGCCUGAGCCGAGCAGGCCCGAGGCAAGCAAGACAGAAAGAGCCAGGGAAAACGACCUUAUGGAAAGAACGAGGAGGGAAAAGAGCGAGGGGAAGAAAACCAGCAAGAAGGUGCGAGUGAGAAAGACCCAGCGAGAAGAGCAAGGUGCAGAAGAAGAACAAGGGAGAAAAGAGGGAGGGAAAAAUAAAUACUAAUUGGAGAGAAAGAGCGCAGGAAAACUACCUAGCAUGAAAGAGCGAGGUGGGGAAAGACCUAUCUAGAAAUGCAAGCGGAAAAAAAAAUACCC